AUGGUCAUGACAAAAAGUAUUAGAAAGUUUACUCAUGCUGUCAUUUUUCAGCUUCAGAUAGAGCAGCUUUCCUCUAGAAAUCCACAUGCGAAGUAUCAUGGUAUCUGGCAGGCUGCUGGUAAGAUUUUUCAGGAGGAAGGUAUCACUGCAUUUUGGAAAGGUCAUGUCCCCGCUCAACUUCUUUCCAUCACAUAUGGGGCUGUCCAGUUUGUCAGCUUUGAAUUUCUGACAAAGCUGGUGCACCAUGGCACGCCUUAUGAUGCCCGUGACUUCACUGUGCACUUUAUCUGUGGCGGUCUGUCUGCUUGUGCUGCUACUGUGACAGUUCAGCCUCUUGACACGUUGCGCACUCGCUUGGCUGCCCAAGGAGAACCGAAGAUUUACAGGAACCUCCGCCACGCUGUAGUCAGCAUGUACCAGAAGGAAGGGCUGCUGACUUUCUAUAGGGGGCUGACCCCAACCAUCAUUGCCAUUGUUCCUUAUGCCGGCUUCCAGUUUUCCUUCUACAGUUUCCUGAAGAGGAUGUACAACUGGAUUGCUCCAAGUGAUGAGAUGAAAAAAGGUAAUAUUAGAAACUUAGUGUGUGGCAGCUGUGCUGGUGUCCUCAGCAAAACCCUGACCUAUCCCUUUGACCUGUUCAAGAAGCGACUGCAAGUGGGUGGCUUUGAACAAGCCAGGGCGGCCUUUGGGCAGGUGAGAGGGGAUUUGGCUUGUGGAGAUCUGUCUUGUUCCCCUUUCCUCUCUUCCUCUUUUUCUAUGCCAAAUAUAUCAGGCAGUAGGGUGUAUCUGCUGAAACAACCAGACUUUCCCCUUUUAUUGGUUCCAAGAAGCAAGAAGGCUAAUGUAAGCAAGAGUUGCUGCCUGCCUCCAGUGGAUGUCCUUGGAAUCUUGUUGAAGGCUGCUUUCUCUACCGGCUUCACCUUUUUCUGGUAUGAGCUCUUUUGCAAUCUUCUGCUAACAAUGCAAAACUCCAGUGGUUCCAAGAAGCAAGAAGGCUAAUGUAAGCAAGAGUUGCUGCCUGCCUCCAGUGGAUGUCCUUGGAAUGUAAUUCUGGCAGCUGCAGGCAUCUUCGUUGGGGACUGAGGGGUGAGGCAGGGCAUAUGGGAUUAGAGAGUCGAGACAAGUGACUCUUUGCCCAAGCCCAGGAUGCACAUUGCUCAUUGGUUUGGUUCAAAACAGAAAAUGGUGGCUCACCACAACACCUGCUCAGGUUGUCUCUUUAGUCUGCAGCUGCAGCAUUUGUGAGUCUUGAUGAGGUUCAUCAUCAAGGCCUCUGAAGAUCUUUGUUGCAAAGGUGUGUCUACUUUUUCUAUUGUUUCAUAACAGAGGGUUUGAAUCAGACCCCGCUUCACAUAUCAAAAUCCCCUUUUGUGACCCUGGAAACUUGGUACCCUUAAACAGAACCAUAUAUUGACUAGUGGAUGGCCAGACUCCUCCAGCACGGCCAUUUUGCAAUGCCUGUGAUAAACUGGAGAUCCUGGUAUUCAGUAGUGCCGAUGGGACAUUUGCUUAAUAGACAACUACCUGCCUUGGCCAUUCAACCCCGGUUGCUAUUGUAAAAAUGCAAUAGCUGUUUUGUCAGCCAUUCUCUUGCCUCUUGGCUGAGGUUCUUGCAGGCCUUGUGAUUUUGCAGUGUUGCAUUAGUGAGUCUGUGGAAAUUGUCUGUUGCCAAAAUCCUAAACAAAAUAGAGGAAGCUCUGCAUGCAUAUCUUUCCCUUCUGUGUUAGCAGGGCCAUUAGUGUUCAUGGUUCCUCUUGCCCUGUCCAUACAUACUGGUAAAUAUAUUUUGCCACUACUCCAAAUUAAAAAUAGAGGGCAAGCAUACAAGCGGCCUGUAAAUUAGACACUUGUAUUUUUGCACUAUCAACUUCUUUCUUACUAAAACACACAUGCUGGAUCUAAAUUCCUAAGAAGUUUUCAUUUAAAACUUUUUCAUUUUGAAUCAAAGUGAUGAAAAAAUAGUGUUGACUAUACAAUUAUUCAGUUUCAUUUUGUGAUAGGAUACAUCUUUUAAAUUAUUGUAAUGAUUUUUCUUAAACAAUGUUAUCCCCUGAUAGCUUUUUUUUUCCCCCAAGAAAAAGCUCUGGAAUAACAGUGGAUACUUUUUUUCAGCAAACUCUUAACAUUUAGUGAAAAAACAGUUGAAAAGGACCAUUUGCCUGGCUGAAUUUGGCCAAUUUUACAUAUGAUGAAAGCUAUAGAGAAAAUUAAACGAUUGGUGCAAUCUUGUCGAAGAUUACUCAGAAAUAAAUCCCACUAUGCACAUUUAGAAUUGCAGCCUUUACUUUCCAAGUCAUUGGUAGAUUUCUCAAUUUCCUGGUACAUGCUCUGUAUUUACAAUUCAAAGUUCACAGUAAUUGGGUAAGUAAGUUUGCUUUAAGGCUUUGUCCUCACGAGCUGAAUAUUCUUGGACUAAUUCAGUUUUGCCUGAUAUAAAAUAUAUGAGUUUUCAUAGUCCCAGUUUCACACACAGAAAGAAGCUGAUUCUCUGUUCCCUGCCCAUUUUCUAUGCACUUAUCUGUAAAAUGUAAAUGUAAAAGCAUAAAAAUAAUAUAUAUAUAUUUAUUUAGAUAUUUUUGUACUCUAUAACCUUUGCAUGAUAUCUGGGGGGGAAAACAAUGACUGCAACCUGAUAGGAUAAGUACAGUUGGGAAAUCACCAAAUUUCUUACAACAAUCAAGUUCAUUUCCACUCCAUUUCCACUCAGCAUAGGACAAUCCACGUUCAGAUACACUGUUAAGUUGAAGGUACUAUAGUAAUACACAAGAACACUCCAGUUUGCUAUAUACCUGAUAGAUAUAUAAACAAGGCUUCUGAAAAGAGAGAGAUUUUAAAAAAUAGAUUUGUUUCCAGCAGUAUCUGCAAAUUCUUUUUAUAAAACCUCCAGUACUGGCAGGAUGGAUUUUAAUUCUUUUAGUAUCAAAUCAUGCUGAAUCAGUAGAACCAGAGCCAUUGAUGUUUGGAAGCACAGAGACUGCAAGCAGGAAAGUUUCAAGUUACUUUCUUUUGCUUACCUACUGGGUCAGGUUGUUCCUUGUACUCUUAUCUGUAUUUAUUUUCAUAAGAGCUGUGAAAGUCACAUUCCAGCUACAUUGCAUACCCUUGGAAGGGCCCUGAUUUGUGCAAACUUUGACUUAUGUACCCUAAGAACAAAGGUUGCUUGUAUUUCUAUGAAAUGUUUGUUUUGGACAGGUGGGUUCUCUUCCCAAAGUGUUCAUAGGCCUUCUUUUGUUGUCUAAGAUUGGAAUUGCUGAUUCAGAUUCUUUCUAAAAUGCACUUACGGUAGGCUCCUUUCUCAAAAGGCAAACAACAGGUUCACCAGAAAUGCAGCAACAACUGUCCUUGACAGUUUUUUUUAAUUAUUAUUUUAUUUAUCAAAAUUUGACUCCUUAAUGAAUCUGGAUAGAUUACAGACAAAAAACAAUAAAUAUGGAUAAGAACACUACUGACUAGACCAGUGUUUCUCAACCUUGAUAACUUUAAAAUGGAUGGACUUCAACUCCCAUAAUCCCCCAGCCAGCAUACUCCCAGAAUUUCACCUCUGCCCCAGCAAGCUGGUUGAGGAAUUCUGAGAGUUGAAGUCUACCCAUCUUAAAAUUGACAAGGUUGACAAUCACUGGACUGGAACAACACCAGUUAUGAAUUAACCAUAACUAAAAGGGGUUCCACAAUCACUUUGCCCUCAAGGGCUCUUGUGUCUUUCCCCACCUAUACAAUAGAGGCAUUACCUCAUGAAACCUGUCUUUCUGUUAGAAUUACCUUCUUUUUAAGCAUGCAAACUAGCAAGCUUAAAAGGCAAGCAUGUAGUCACAGAAAUCCAAAGAAAGAAGGAAAACUUCACAUUUGUGGUCUCCAAAUAUAAGCUACUGUAGGUCACUUAUCUUUCAGUUCUCCUCUAUCCUUUAGUGCCUCCUUCAAUCUGCUUCCUCAAAUACAUUAAUUUUAAGAUAUUGUGCCUUAUGACAGUGCCAAAAAUCAGUGUACACUUUAAUACUUCAGUGUUUACAAGGCAGCAUAACAUCAAUAGGUCGUCAGUCUUUCCCCACACCUAAAAAAUCGUUGAUGGUUAUUACCUGGGCACCUAUGCCAAUGAGAACUCAGACAGAUUUGUACUCCUAGUACUGUAAUCUAAAUGAUCUUUGCUGACAUCUAGGGUUGUGCAAGGUUUCAGAGUCCAUUACUGAGAUUUUUGUUCACUCCCUGUGUUUAACAUGAAUGCUUAAUGUAUAACACUGUAUCUGUAUUUUUCAUAUAAAGAGUUAUUUUUUGUGGCUGAGACAGUUUGGACCAUCCAGUUUUCUAGUCCAUAGAACAUGUGUCUAUCUUGAAAGAAAAAUAAAUAUAUAAAUAUAUUUGUCAUAAAUUUGUGGA